AGAAUGGCGAUAAAAGUCCAGUAAACGCAAUUAUUACCCGGAAACCUUCCACGCAGAUGCUAUAACGUUAGAUAACGCCAAUCAAUCAAUAUAAGCUGAAAUCUGAAGAGCAGCCAGUAGAUUUUAAAGCCCUUAACGAUGGCCAAGCUGGAUGAACGUAUUGGCUUCAUUGGAGGCGGAAACAUGGCCUUUGCCAUUGGCAGCGGUCUCGUUCGCUGCGCCAUUGUAAAGCCUAGCCAGGUGCUGGUCUCGGGACCGCACAUCGAGAACCUUUCGCGCUGGCGGGAGCUGGGCGCCGUCACCACCGACGACAAUUGUGAGGUCCUGGAGCACACAGACGUUGUGUUCAUCUGCGUCAAGCCGCACAUCCUAGGGCAAUGCGCCUCGCAGCUCAAGUACAAGCAUGUGCCGUCCGCCAAGGAUGCCAGCAAGCUCAUCGUUUCUGUGCUGGCGGGAACAAGCCUCAAAACCCUAGAGGAAAAGUUCGACUUCAUCGAAAGUUCGGGCCCGAAGGUGAUCCGGACGAUGCCCAACACAUCGAUGCAGGUCGGCGAGGGCUGUACCGUGUACACGGGCAACGCUCGGGUUACGCACCAGGAUCUGGAGAAGGUGCACAUAAUGCUCAACGCGUUGGGAUUGGCCCAGCAAGUGCCGGAGCAGAUGAUCGACGCCGUCACCGGCUUGGCUGGCUGUGGGCCAGCCUUUGUCUACACAAUAAUAGAGGCUCUGGCCGAUGGUGGUGUCAAGCAGGGUGUGCCACGGGCAAUGGCCCUGCAGUUUGCAGCUCAGACCUUACUGGGCGCCGCCAAGACUGUUCUUAUCACCGGCAAGCACCCGGCCGUGCUGCGCGAUGAGGUCUGCUCACCCGGCGGAUCCACCAUUGUGGGUGUGCACGAGCUGGAAAAGGGCAAUCUCAGGGCCACUCUCAUAAAUGCCGUGGAAAAGGCGACUCAACGCUCAACCGAGCUGGGAAAGAAGUGAGCGGCGUCGGUCGAACGUCUCCCCAUGCUCUCUAUUUACAGUAUGCAGUUGCAACAAACUUUAUGCCGCUAUUAUAAUUAUGAUACAAGUGUCA